AUGGCUCGUGCUUCUGUUUCUGAGGAGGAAUGCAUCAAAGGACUUCUUGAAGUUGGGAAUGAGCUACUUCAGCAAUUCCCAUCUUCUAAAGAGGAGCUUUUGGAGAAACUUGAUAACUUGGAGCAUCUUUUGUCAAUGGUGAAGCAAGUUCCCCCUGCAUCGGUGCGAGAUGCUAUUAAGCCUGCAAUGGAAGCACUGGUUACAGAUGGAGUUCUACGGCAUCCUGACAUAGAUGUGAAGGUGUCAGUUGCAUCUUCCAUGAGUGAGAUCAUUAGAAUUACAGCUCCAGAUCAACCAUAUAAUGAUACCAGACUUGUGGACUUUUUUGAGCUUGCAGUUUUGGCAUUUGGGAAAUUGUCUUGCUUGGAGGGUCGCUGUUAUUCAAAGGCUGUCUCAAUUAUUGAAGUUCUUGCAAAGUACCAAACGUGCGUGCUGAUGUUGGAUCUCCAGUUAGAUGCAUUGAUUGUUCAGAUGUUUCAACAUUUUUUAAAUAGUAUAAGGCCGGACCACCCAGAUGAAGUAUUCAUGAACAUGAAAGAAAUAAUGACCAUGAUAAUAAAAGAGAGUGAUGAUAUUCCAAUGCAGCUUCUGAACAUCCUUGUGAGCAUCCUCAUAAGUAGUGUAAAGAAGGAAAAUCAGAAUGUUUCACCUCGUUCCUAUGUGCUGGGAGAGAAAGUUCUUCAAGAAAGUGCUGUCAAACUUUAUCCAUAUCUUCAAAAAGCAGUGACGGACCUUGGCAUUUCCUUUAACAACUAUUCAGAAGUUGUUGAAUUAAUGUGGAGGGAGGCGAUUAAAACUAAAGCUAUGGUGGAAAGUGCUCCGGAAGAGCUUGCACCACAUGCUGCGCAUAAGAACGAUGAUGUUGUUCUAGAGACAGUUUCAUCGUUAAAGGAAUCAGAAGCAACCAAAGAAGCAGUAGAUCCAGAAGCUACUCAAACUUCAAAGAAAAGAGGUUGGAAACCUACUUUUUUGAAUAAAGCAGAGGAAGGAUAUGAUGAUGCUUGGAUAAGUGGAGAAAGGAGAUCAAAUAUAAGACGGCGGUCAUCAGUUGGUGAAUCAAGAGCUGAGGGGAAAGCAGCUGAUGAUCUGGCUCCUCCAACAACGACCAAGCAGCAUAAUUUAACUCCAAAACGAGUGCGCCAAAAUAAUGAGGUCAAGGUGGAUGUGCAUGGCUAUAAAGUAAAAGUUAGCAGUGCUCCCAUAUUGACUGCCAUUUUUGCCAAGUAUGGUGACAUUGCAGUCAAUUGUCACUACAAAUCAUUGGCUUCCAGAGCUUCCCUCCUUGAUCUAGUUUGUGAUGUUGUAAAGAGGCUGAAAGCUGGUGAUGUUGUUUCUUCAUCAAUCAAACAGAUGAAAUCUUUUGUCUCUACUGCCGUGGAAGUCGAGCUUGAUGUAGCUUGGCUGCAGCAGUAUCUGGAUGAGAUUUCAAAAGAGGAGGAUUUGGAGAAAAGGUUACAUAUGGAUAUCGAUAUCCUUCUUCAUUGAAUUGUGGAGCAAGACAUCAAUUUCUCUGUGAAAUGAGUUUAUUAACAUUCUUUUUAUCAACACAUAAUGUUUUUGUUGACGAUCCUUUGCUCCAA